CGUAUCCCCGAACACGUAGUAUUCCGCGACUCCGCAAAGUUCUUUGGGACUUUUUAUGUUCCUCCUGGUGCCGUACCCUGUACCAGCCGGUACAUGGUACGGUAGGGUCCCAAAAAAUCACAAGAAGCGUCAUAAUUGAUGACAGGAAAGACAGAAAAAAGAGGACUACAAUCACCGUACAGUCCACCGUACAAAUUUCUUCCGUUCCAAUCAAAAGGACAUAGCACACAUCAGCAGCAACUAUUGUUGAAACUCGCAACCGUUGCGGUAGUUGGUAGCACAGAUAUGGAACCGCCAGUUCUCGAUGCCAAUAUCAACAACAACGACAUUGAUGGAAACCUUGUCGAUGAAGACGACGGCAACGUUAGAAUGGAAGAGGACGAAAUAACUUUGGUAGCAGCAGACGCCACAGAACAUGCUCGUGAUGAUGAUGAUGAAGAGGAGGAGGAGGACGAAGACGAAGACGAGUGCAGGGUAUGCCGUGGUCCUGCGGAGGAAGGGUAAGUGAAAUUGUAGAUCCGUGUUUUGUGUUGCGGUCAGAUCUCCUUUGUAACUGCUCUACGGCGGCCUGAGAGCGGCCCAGUGCUGGGAACGAACAAACCGCAACAGGGUCAUUCUUUCAGUGGGCAUUGUACCUCGAUUCCUCGUUCUUGGAUCUCACUUAUUUCCUGUGUUCACUUUGUCCUACCAGGAGACCACUGCUUCGACCUUGCAAGUGUUCCGGUUCUAUGGGAUUGGUACACCAAGAAUGUCUGAUAUCCUGGCUUGAAGUCACGAGGGGAGACGGUGAGUGCUUGCCCCAAAUGUUCUAAAUGGCGCCUUGGAACCGGACGAAACCUCUACUGGUGGCGAAUUCAUUGUUCCUCACUGCCUAUGGUCUUAUUCUGCGCUGAAUAUCAUUGAAUUGCUUCUGUGCGUUGCUUCAUUCCGUCCCUCCACAGGGCGUUGCGAGAUAUGUAAACACAAAUUCAAGUUUGAUCCACAAUACGCAGAAAAUACGCCGGAUCGUCUUUCGUCCCAUGAGGUAAUACUGGGCCUGUCGAGUCGCUUUCUUGCAAAAUGGCUUCCCUUGGCACUCCGGAUAGUUUUUGCUGCCAUUUUAUGGUUGGUGGUUGCACCCUAUUUGACAAACUGUUUGUACCUUGGUUGGAUCAUACGGCCGUCGUCGGUUUUAGGAAGGGGAGAAACGAUUGCCUCAGAUACUGUCAGCGGAUUGGUGAUGGGCGCCACUAUUAUCAUUAGUUUUCUCAGCUUGAUGAGCUUUGCAGACUUUUUGAGAGUUCUAUGGCAGGGUCCACCCGGGGCACAACAACCGGAAGAAGAAGGACAACCGCCAGACGAAGAAAGAGAAAACGAUGGUUUCGCCGCCGGAGAGAAUGAGGACGAAAUAGACGAGUUCGCUACAGACCAUAGAAUUAUAGAAUGGAUGCAAAAGAGAGAAAGGAUGAAGGAAGCUACAACGAACGAUAUAGACGCUACAAUAACAAUCGGGGGGGCACUCAAAGCAACCGAAGAGGAAAUCAAAACACAGUCGAAAGCGCACGUGGUUCAUGAAGUCAACUCAGAGAUUAAAGACGACGACAACCUCGCUGCUGAUUUUGAUCGAAUCGGUUUGACCCGAGAAGCUGAAAUGUUGAGGAACAGAGCAACGGAGCUAAGAAACCUAGCAUUGGAACGGGAGGCAAGACGGAAAAAUGCAGAUGACGAGAGAGAAAGGGUGGGCGAUGGCGACCACCAUGGAGAGGAGGGCACAAAUGGUCGGGUUGCACCUCUGGGUGCAGGCAUCGCUCCAGCUGCCUGGCCGGACAACGACAACGACGAUGCUGUUGCGUGGCUGAACAAUAAUAACGAUGACGACGAAAUACCUGAAUUUGCGCCGCUUGGGGGGGAAAACCCGGAUAUUUUUGGUGCUAAUAGAGAUGUGUUGGUGGAAGAUGUGGAAGAAGACGCGGAAGAAGAUGAUGACAGCGAAGCCGAACUGGAAGCGUGGAUGAAUAAUGACGACGACGAAGAUGAUGAUAUCGACGAUGAAAUCGAUCCAUUUCCGCCGCUUCGUCCGGGACUCGAUGAUGCUGAGGUAGCAUUCGACCCGCUAGAUCCAGUUCUACAAGACGACCAAGUUGUAAGUGGAGAAUAUUUCUUGUUCCGGUUCUUUGCGCGCGCAGUAUUAUCCUUCGUCUUCCUAAUCUUACUAGCGAAUUGUUUUGCAUUUUCGAUAGGACAUGGAGAUCAACGUGGCUCUAGACGAGCUGCUCGGUCUUCGAGGUCCCAUAAUGACAGUUGUGAGGAAUUUGCUUUGGCUCCUAGCAUUUAAUGCAACGUACCUUGGCAUUUUUGGAUUUGUCCCAAAGGCGGUUGGCUCUGUGAUUUAUUCGAGCGUUUUCAAUACCACGGCAUGCGGCAAUCUUUUGAAAUCUAUACCGUUUGUUGCUUCAGACGAUACAAACCAAACUACAGUCAGUAGCUUAUUGAUCUCUCUAGAGCAAGAGAGUGACAAUAGAAACACGUCAUUCAAGCUUUCCGACUUUGCUACUGUUACGCUAGGAUAUCUCUCGAUGGCGUGCUUCAUUGUCUCGACGCGAUAUACAAUAAUUGCUCUGCAGAAAGUUGGAAAACUAGUCGAAAGAAACCGAACCAAUACCGGACGCAAUCAAGAUUAUGCGCAGCAGUUGCAGCGUGUGCAGCGGCUUCACAACUUAGCUAGGGAUGCUGGUGAGGAUAUAAACGACUUGAACGAGGAAGAAAACAUAGGAGGAAUAGGCGACUCCAUUGAAACUGCGCUGGAUGCAACGGUUGCUAUCAUCAAAGUGUGUAUACUGUUGUUCAUGAAGAUGUUUCUCCUCCCACUGUAUCUUGGAUUAUGGUUGGAUGCAUCGACCGUACAUCUUUUUGGGCACAAUGUCGCUGGCCGCUUGGCAUUUGCGGGCGAGGAUCUUUUUUCCUUCAUUUUGCUACACUGGGUGGCCGGUAUUACUUUCAUGCUUUUGGUUACGGUGUUCUUACUGCAGCUACGGGAGGUAGCCCAUCCUGAGAUUUUGGCGCGCUUAAUACGCCCACAGGAGCCGCAGCCGGACCUUCUUGGCAACCUAAUGCAUGAGACUGUGCUCACUCACAUGAAGCGCAUGACUUUGUCUCUUGCAAUUUAUGCACCACUGCUCACUCUUCAUGUCACGAUUCCGGCUAUGCUAUUUCAUAAAAGUGGUCUGGACAGCAUUUUUACAUUCUUCCACCUCAAUUUCUAUCAUUUGUUGACUCCCCAGCUUCAAAUUCCUCUUGAGUUAAUCACAUUUCAUUUGUCGAUGUUAGCUUUGCUAGAACGUCACAAAAACAACAUCGGGGGAUUGCAGCAUUAUUGGAUGAAAUUCAUGUGCCGCAAAAUGGGGCUAACUGAAUACCUCCUGCCACAACACAUCGAGGCAUUUGAGUUCAUCGGGAGAAAAAAUGUCUUUAAGCCGCAAUCUAGUGGUAACUUGGACGUUGAGGUUGAUCCCUUUUUUAUUGAACUGACAACAAGGAAGAAGGACAUUGACAAAUUUGUUUUGUCUCAUAUUGAGAAGAUCAACCCAAGCAACGAUAUCUCCCCAUCAAUAAUUACGGGGGAGCAGCAUCUGAACGGCGAGCGUGUGCUUUGUGAAGCUGUCCGUUCGAUUUCCCUCCCUGGAAAUACGGAGGCAGAAAACGGAACUAUUCACCUACCAACAAAGAUUGGGAGAUAUAGUCUCAAAAUUGAAGAGGAUGAUGAAUCUGUUGACAGUGAAGAACUGAAAAUAUCGUUUUAUCGUGAAAUCCAAGGCGAGGAAAUCAAACGACCUCCUGAAGGCUGGGACGAUCUUGGUGCUGGAGGUGCAUAUGUACAGGGACGUUGGGCUUGGGCAAAGGAACGAAAAUCUUUGGUUGAAGAAAGCAUUGCCGAGCGUAUACCCUUUCGGGCUUCUUCGGAAGAAGCAAGAUCGGUCAUAUUGAUAACCAAAGUGGCUAUUCUUGUUAUCCUCAGCUGGGUUGCCUUAAUUUCCACCGUUGUCUCGAUCCUCAGCUGUCCCCUGGCCAUUGGUAGAUCUUUUUACCAUCUCUUGCGGAUCCCUGCCAAAUAUAUACACGAUCCUUUUGCAUUCUGUAUCGGCGCUGGACUCUUUUUCCCUUUUGUCUCCUGGUUGACACAGAAUGUCAACGAUAACGACCUCAGUUUAUACCAACGUUUGCGCCAAUGGUUUGGACGGUUUCAACGUCCACCAACUCCGAAAAUGUUGGUUUUGAUUGAAUCACUCCUACUUUGGACUGUAGCAGCUCCGUUAGGGUUAGGACUAUCCUACGAACUUGUGAUGGUGAAGUCACCAAAAUGGUUUGCGAUGAAGGAACCAUUUCUGGACAUUAAGACUCUUGCAAUUUCAUGGUUGAUGGGCACCGUUGUAUUGAAUACGUGGUCGUUUCUAUUGUAUUGCAAAUUUUUCACUCGUCGAUUCUGGUCCAAUGUUGGUAAUGGAAUUUUAGAACCACCUCUCAAUGAAGAUGGCAAUCCAAAUCACAACGCGAGGAAUAAUGCCGGGGACGAUGCAAAUGCAGAAAUAGGACUUAUAUGGCAGGGAAAACGGGGUCGAGCAGGACAGUUUUUCAACAUUUUGAGAUCUGUUAUACUAGAUUGGGAAUGGGAUACUGUGGAUCGGAAGAUGAUGAUCGAUGAUUUUGCAAGACCCACUACCAAAGAGAUUACAAGCGCUCUAGUCGGAUCCGCACUGUCAUACCAAUUAGCACUGCACAUUCUCCUCGCAAUUUUUAAAGUCCAAAAGGGAGGUUUCAUGUUUCCUCUUGUCGGUUUUGUGGAAACUGGCAUCUUUCGUAAAGGUUUAUACCAAAUUUGCAUGACGGUUCAUGUGCUCUUCCAGAUUGGAUCUCGAUCGCGUGUAAACAUUGAUAGUUGGUUUGAAGCAGCCCAUGAAGCAGCUCGUGAUGAUAGAUACCUCAUCGGGGAAUUGCUUAUGAAUUACAAUCCAGAGGGAUGAAAUAACUAGUAGAGGCUCUUUAGUCCAAAUUAGUCUGAAAAUAGUUUCCAAAAAUCUCCCUUUGGUCUUGACGGAAAUAUAAUACUGAUAUCGCG